GAGAAUUAUAGGUGCAUUGGUAUUAUCCUAUUUUCCAUUCAGAUUUGCAGCAUGAGGCUGACUGGAUUUCUUAAGCAGUCUUUAACCACCACCGUCAUUUACAUUUCUUUUUUAGCUUGAUUUUCUUUCUCGGGGAAAGAACAUUGGCUUGUUGGAUAACCAUGCGGUCUCUACAUUGUUACAUUGUAAUUACUGUUUGUGAAAGCUCUACUUAUUUGUUGUGUAUAGACUGCCAUUCUAUGACAAUGCUUCUAUGUAAUAUUCAUGAAAUUAUGUAUGCAGUUCUUUUGUAGGAUGUAAUACAUGGCAGCUGCAUGAAGUCUAUGUAGCUUUCAAGUUGAAAAAGGCAACUGAUGGACUGUUGGAGCUACAAAUUUGGAAUUUGGCAUAGAGGAAUUUCACCAUGGCAGCUGAUCAGUUUUGCCUACGAUGGAACAACUUUCAACUGAACAUUGCUUCUGCUUUGGAUAGUUUAAAAACAGAUGAAGAUUUGGUGGAUGUCACCUUAAGUUGUGAGGGUCAAAAUGUGAAAGCUCACAAAGUAGUGCUUUCAGCUUGCAGCCCGUACUUCCGAGGCGUUUUCAAGGAGAAUCCUUGUCAGCAUCCGAUAGUAAUUCUGAAGAAUGUGAGUUAUGAUGAUGUUUGUGCGCUGCUGAGCUUCAUGUAUCAAGGUGAGGUGUACAUCACUCAGGACAGGCUUUCGUCAUUCCUACACACAGCUGAGCUGUUGCAAGUUCGUGGUCUGGCUGGUGCGACAAAUCCGUUCAAAGAUUCACCAAAACAAUGCAAAGCAAAGAAACCGUUGCUCACACCUGCUGGACAGUUGCGACACGAUACUUCCCCACUUUCUUCCCCUCCAGCCGUGUCACUUCCUUUACAGACGUGCAGUAAAACAGCUCCCCUUCACCCCAUCUCAAAAAGCCCACUGAUGACUCUUAAAGAGCCUCAUUCUUCAUCAUUUUCCCUCGUCCAGACUAAACCAACUGCUCUGAAUUCAUCAACGACUUUACAUCAACACUGUUCAACAGUAACGCAACCUUCUUCCUAUCAGCAUUCCACAUCCAUUCAGUAUCGUAAUUCAGCAACCUUGGAUCAGUCGGCAUCUUAUCAGCUGUCUUCAGGCAGUCAGCAGUCUCAACAGUCGGCCUUCCCACAACAUCAGACACUGACAGUUGAAUCCAGUCAGCAAGAAUUAGAUCAACCAAAUCGUCAAUCCUCAUCUCCUCAACCGCCGUCUGCCAAAAGACGCAAAGCAUUUCCACGUCGCGUCAGUGUCGGUGGCCACGUGUCAACUGAAGAGUCAGUGGAACCUCCAGAUGCAGAAAAGGUAAAAACAAAAUCAAGUGAAGAACAGAUUGGUUGUGAAGUUGUUAGUUUGGGUGCAGCUCCUGUGAAACAGGAGCCAGAAGAUGAAGCAGUAUUUGAGGUAGAUGCGACAGUCGAGGAGGAGAGCAACCCCAUUACAUUCAGCAAUGCUGAUGAUGAAGUGGUGCAAAUGGAGAGUCCUGCGUCAGAUGUGACGAGGAGGCUGGAUUACUUUGGAAAUGUGGAGACCAUUGUUUCCGAGGAACCAGUGCCCGAUGUCAAAGAGGAGGCAAUGGUUGAAGGAGGCCCAUCUCUAACACCCCACAGUAUGCUGCUCAGGUCAUUGUCUGCGGCCAAGCACUCUGCAGUUGUAGGAGAUACGUCGCCAUCAAGACUUGCUGAUGUAGCUGCCAUGACAAGGACUGGGGAUGAAGCUGAUGAUCGUUUGAUGAGCCGACCAUGCCCCUUGUGCGCCAAAAUAAUAUCGAACAAAUCGAACCUUCAGAAACACAUGAAGAUAGUACAUAGCAACCAAUGUGAAAGUUUCAAGGGACAUAGCAACAUGGAAGAGGUAUUUGGAAUUCCUUCGUGGACUGCAAAUAAGACGCACAAUGCAUCAGACCUGUUUGUCCUGAGUGAGUCAGUAAGCAUUGUGAACAGGCACUUAAAAUCAGUUGAACGACCCGCCCUUGAAAGUACAAGUCAGGGAGCGGAGGUACGGCCAGUGUACAGUAGUGUAGUGGAUAGGAGCCGUUAUUAUGCGGCCCCUAAUAGUGCCAAGCAGUCGGUGUAUCAGCAACGGAAACAUUCGUGGAGAUCUCGAAGACCUGUCCAGUGCCCCAAUUGCCAGAAGAUCAUUACAAUGGCUUAUAACUUGAAGAGCCAUCUGUCAACAUGUCUUAAGAGAAAUUGGUUACGUAAUAAAGUUUGAAUUGUAGUGAAAGAUGACAGCUCUGACCUGAUAUUGUGGUGUGUUCUGUAUAACGGGUGUUGCGAUUGGUAUGAAGCAGGUUGCCAGAGUGGUGACUCAUGCGACUAGUGUUUGAAUCCAAUUAAAGAGGUUUUCAUGAUUA